AUGAACGCCAAUGGCGACCGUGUCCUUACACCCCUCAACGCCUCCUUGACCUCUCCUUCCAACCCACCAGCACCCGCAGUCUGCAAAAGGGCGCUCUUCCCUUUCGAAUUCACGCUUGCGCUGGUCUUUGCGCUGCUCGCUGGAUUUCGAAGUUCGAACCCUUUCUACGGCCUUCAACAACCUUGUCUCCACGUUUUCUUGAUGUCUUCGGAUUCCGAGGCAACGGCCGCAACUGGUGUUGAAAGAACAUCUUUGCUCGGGUUGGGGCUUGGUGUUGUGGAUCUCUGGACGUCGGAGGCGGUGCUGGCGGUGCUGAUGGAUCCGAUGUGGUAG